AUUAUUUAGCAGUUUUCCGUCUACUGUAUCUUCCGUGAUAUAUUGCCUUUUUCAAGUCUUUUUUUGCCCUGAAUUUUAUGGUUAAGCCUGGAAUGCAUAUCAUUUCUGUUGGAAUCAGCUACAUCAAUUAGUGUAGGCAAAGGUUAUUUUCUCCUUUGAUAGCAUUAAAACAUGUCCUGGUAGGAUUGAGCUGCUCUCGUAUAUAUUCAAAACUCAGUGAAUAAUGGGACCACUUAUUUUUUCCACUGCAAUAUCAUGCUUUUGCCUACAGAAGGAGUUCAAACCUGUGAUGUGCGCGUGACCUACACAUAACACAUUACACUUGUUCAUCAAUAUACUUGACAGUUGCCCUUAUAUUCAUUCACUUACCUUUAGGCAGAAGAAAUGAAAAAUGGAAAUAGAAACAAGAACCAAAAGUAUGUGCAAUUUCAUGAAAAAAGGAAAUAUAAUGAACCUGUACCAGAAGUUGAGUUUUCUUAGUUUGGAUAGAAAGGAAUAGAGGAUGAAGUUAUUAUUUUUCGUCUACAAGUAUUCUUGCACUCUCAGAAUAACAUGGCUUAAAACUUCCUCGAAUGACUUUGUGAUAUAAUGUUGGACUUAUUAUAUACACUAAAACAUUAUUAAUAAUUUUCACACUAUCAAUUCAUUUUACCCAGGCAACAUGCCUUUCAAUUUUCAUGUUACUAAACCACCUUUAAUAGAAGGUUACUUGAAGUUAUCGCUUAUGUGGUUUGCAAUUCUUUUACAUAUUGUAUAGAAGUUAAGCUCUACAAUACGUAGUCAAAAUAAGUGCAUGUGGUUUGUGAAUGUUAGAGAUAUGCAUAAGAACUACAUCAGUCCAAAUUGUCUGUAUUGUAGGGUAGUUAUUUACUAGGGUAGUUAUUUACUGUUUAGUAGUUAAAUUCUAUCUUAUCCUAAUCCUUAUCCAUUUCCUUAGUUUUUUAAUCUUAUCCUUAGUAGUUGGUUUACUUGUAAACUCCUAUAAAUAUCUGUGUUAUAAUGAAGUAAGUAGCUUUGUUUUCAUAAAGUUUUCUUUGUUCGUUUAUCAAACUAAUGUUCCUACUUGUUCAAUGACAAAAGAAGAUAAUAUUGUUAUGUUUUUCCUUCUCUAAAAACUAACAAUUGGUGUCAGAGCAUUUAUUUCUUGAGAGAUCGUGGGUGUUUUUAUUAUAAUCAACAAGACAAGUUUAUCAAUCAUGGAAGCAGAAUCAAGUUUUUCUGUAAUGGCCCCACCUGUUUUUAAUGAUGAUAACUAUCAGAUUUGGGCGGUAAGGAUGGAAAUAUAUCUAGAUGCCAUGGAUAUGUGGGAGGAAUUUGAAGAGGAUUAUGAAGUUCCUCUGUUGCCUAACAAUCCUACUAUGGCCCAGAUAAAAAACCAUAAAGACAGGAAAAUAAAAAAAUCAAAGGCAAAUGCCUGUUUAUUUUCAGCAUUAUCUUCUUCAAUCUUCACUCGAGUUAUGUCUCUAAAGUCAGCAAAAGUCACAUUGGAUUAUCUCAAGGCAAAAUACGAAGGGGAUGAAAGGAUCAGAGGUAUGCAAGUGCUAAAUCUUAUAAGAGAUUUUGAGAUGCAGAAGAUGAAAGAAACUGAAACCAUCAAAGAUUACUCUGAAAGGCUAUUGAACAUAGCAAACAGGGCACAAGAACAACAAAGAGUCAUGAGAGAAGAAGGAAAUACAGUGGGAGCAUUGUUUGCCAAGCCUCAAGAUGGAAGCAAAAACAAAAAGAAGAAGAACAAGAAGAAUGGUGAAGGCAUUUCAACAAGUACUACCAAAGGAAAAACUGGACACUCAAAGAAAAGUUAUCCUCUUUGUAAGCAUUGUAACAAGAAAGGUCAUCCACCAUAUAAAUGUUGGAAAAGGCCUGAUGUUAAAUGUAGUAAAUGCAAUCAACUUGGGCAUGAAACUGUAAUUUGCAAGAACAAUAGUCAGCAACAAGAAGCAAAGGCUAAAUUGUUGAGGGUGAGGAGGUAGAUCAACUCUUUAUUGCUACACGUUUUUCAAGUAUAUCAUCUGGUGAGAGUUGGCUAAUUGAUAGUGGAUGCACUAAUCAUAUGACAAAUGACAUGUCUCUCUUCAAGGAAUGGAAGCCCACGACCAUUACUAAAGUCAGAAUAGGUAAUGGCGACCAUCUUCCUGUAAGAGGGAAAGGAACCAUUGCUAUUCCAAGUAAUUCAGGUACUAAAACAAUUUCUGAUGUGCUUUAUGUACCUGACAUAGAUCAAAACUUGCUUAGUGUUGGUCAAUUGAUGGAAAAAGGCUACAAGUUAAAUUUUGAAGAUAAUCAUUGCUUGAUCAAGGAUGCUUCAGAUCAAGAAAUGUUUAAAGUAAGAAUGAGAGGCAAAAGUUUCUCAUUAGAUCCAUUUGAGGAGGAGCAUGUUGUUUUUUCAGCAAAAGAAAGUGUUGCAGAAGUAUGACACAAGAGACUCAGACACUAUCUCUAUGAAGGGUUGGUUAAAAUGCAAAAAAUGAAAAUAGUUAAGGACUUACUUGUUUUAGAAGUACAUUCUUCAAAUUAUCUUGUGUACCAAUACGGAAAACAAAACAGACUUCCAUUUUCAAAGACAACUUGGAGAUCCUCGAACAAAUUGCAAUUAAUUCAUACUGAUAUAGCAGGACCACAAAGGAUUCCUUCACUAAAAGGUAGUCUUUACUAUAUCAUUUUUGUAGAUGAUCCAACCCGCAUGUGCGGGAUUUGUUUUCUCAGGCAUAAGUCAGAGGCUUCUCAUGUUUUUCGGAAGUUCAAAGCAAAAGUAGAAAAUAAAACAAACUGUAAAAUUCAGUCCGUAAGAAAGAUAAUGGAAAGGAAUACACUGCUUACCAGUUCGACAUGUUAUGUGAGGAAGCAAGGAUUCAUCAUCAACUUACUACUCCCUAUACUCCACAACAAAAUGGAGUAAGCGAGAGAAGAAAAAGAUACAUUAUGGAGAUGACCAGAUGCAUGUUGCAGAGAAGAACUUGCUAAAGAAAUUUUGGGCAGAGGCAACAAAUACAUCAGUUUUUCUUCAAAAUGGGCUUCCCACAAAGGCAGUGAAAGACCGAACUCCAUUUGAAGCUUGGUAUGGAUUUAAACCAUCGUUAAAUUUUCUUAAAGAGUUUGGUUGUCUCUGUUUUCCUACAUUCCUCAGGUUAAAUGAGAUAAACUAGAUAAAAAAAUGUGUCCCAGGCAUUUUUAUUGGAUAUAGUUCAGUUUCAAAGGCAUAUAAAGUCUUCCCACCACAAACUGAAAAUAUAAUCUAUAGUAAAGAUGUAAAUUUUAUAGAAAAUAAAGAUUGGUGUUGGGAAGACUCAAAGAAAUUUGUCGUUAACACUUCUGACAAAGCAAAAAAGUCUCCUACCUAGUUUUUUGAGAAGAAAAUAUCAGUCUCACGACAAGAUGUAAUGGUGGAUCAUUUACCAGUCAACGGUACUCAACAACUCAGUGAUAUAUAUAAGAGAUGCAAUGUGGCAGUAUGUGAACCUGUUGGGUACAAUAAAGCCAAAAAUGAUGAAAAAUGGGUUGCUGCAAUGAAAGAAGAGUUGUUUAUGAUUGAGAAAAACAUGACUUGGGAGCUUGUUGACAACCUGAAGAUAGAAAGAUAAUUGAAUUGAAAUGGGUCUUUAGAACCAAGCUAAAUGUCGAUGAUUCAGUGAAUAAGCAUACAGCAAGACUUGUAGUUAAGGGGUAUGCUCAAAUUUUUGGUGUGGAUUAUUUUGAUACAUUUGCACCAGUAGCUAGGCUUGACACGAUCAGGUUACGUCUUGCUCUUGCUGCAUAGUUGGGUUGGAAAGUGUAUCAGAUGAAUGCCAAAAUCAACAUUCCUUAAUGGCUUUCUACAGGAAGAAAUUUAUGUUGAGCAACCUGAAGGCUUUGUGAAGAAAGGAAAUGAGGACAAAGUUUAUAGGUUAAGAAACAUACUUUAUGGACUUAAACAUGCACCAAGGGCCUGGUAUGGUCGAAUAGAUGGCCAUUUACUUGGCUUAGGCUUUGAAAAGAGUCUAUUAGAAUCUACUCUUUAUUUUAAACAUCAUGGAAUUGAUAUUAUUGUUGUGUCUAUAUAUGUGGAUGGUGUAGUAAUUGUAGGAAGGAAUACAAGGCAUAUCGAGGAUUUCAAGCAAGAAAUGAUGCAGUCCUUUGAGAUGACUGAUCUUGGUCUAAUGUCUAAUUUUCUUGGUAUGGAAAUCAAGCAGGGACAAGAUGAAGUUUUCAUUUGUUAGAAGAAAUAUGCUAAGGAAAUUCUCAAGAAAUUCAACAUGGAAAAUUGCAAGGAGAUGAAUACUCCUAUGAACCAAAAAGAGAAACUAAACAAGAAUGACGGAGCAGAGAAAUUGGAUGAAACGUACUUCUGAGGCUUAUUCGGUUGUUUGAUGUAUCUCACAGUUACAAGACCUGAUAUUUUGUAUGUUGUAAGCAUUCUAUCGAGGUUCAUGCGUUGUGCUAGUGAGGUGCAUCUAAAAGCAGCAAAACGAGUUGUUAGAUACAUCAAUGGAAUAUCAAUUAUGGUGUCAAGUUUAAGAAAAAAAUAGAUCUGAAACUACUUGGGUAUUCUGAUAGUGAUUGGGUUGGAUCCGCAGAUGACAUGAAGAGCACAUUUGGAUAUUGUUUCAGUCUUGGCUCAGGAAUGUUUUCAUGGUGCUCAAAGAAGCAGGACAUUGUGGCUCAAUCCACUACAGAGGCGGAAUUUGUGGCUGCAACAGCAGCAUCAAGCAAUGUGGUUGAGGAAAGUUUUUGGUGAUCUGCACAUGAAUCAUACAAAGGGAAUUAAAGUAUUUGUGGACAAUCAAUCUGCAAUAGCAAUUUCUCAUAAUCCUGUAUUUUAUGGGAAAAUAAAACACUUCAACAUCAAGAUUUUCUUCUUCAAGGAAGUGCAAAAUAACGGUGACGUGAUUCUCCUCUAUCGCAAAACGGAAGAGCAGCUGACUGAUAUCUUCAUCAAACCAUUAUAAGGCAAUAAGUUUCAACUUCUCAGUCAAAAACAUGGAGUUUGCAGCUCUUAAAGCAAAGAGGAGUGUUAGAAACAUGCAUAAGAACUACAUCCGUCCAAAUUGUCUGUAUUGUAGGGUAGUUAUUUACUGUUUAGUAGUUAAAUUCUAUAUUAUCCUUAUCCUUAUCCUUAUUCUUAGUUUUUUAAUCUUAUCCUUAGGAGUUGAUUUACUUGUAAACUCCUAUAAAUAUCUGUGUUAUAAUGAAGUAAGUAGUUUUGUUUUCAUAAAUUUUUCUUUCUUCGUUUAUCAAACUAAUGUUCCUACUUGUUCAAUAACAAAAGAAGAUAAGAUUGUUAUGUUUUUCCUUCUCUAAAAACUAACAGUGAAAAAACAAACUUUGGGCAUUAUCAGUGAUUUUCUUGCUAUGAUUUAUUACUUAUCAAAGAGGAGUACAUGAAAACUGAUAACAAGAUCACUUUGUCCGUAAGUGAGAUAUUCAUAUUAUGUUAUGGAUCAUUCUACUUGUAUUUUUUGUG